GCACGAAUCAUCUUCAAACCCAGCUGAACUCAACCAACUAAAUCGAAUCGUUCAAACCCUUCUUCUUCUUGGAGAGAAUCAUAAGCUCAUCAUAAGCAUUUCUUGAGUUCUUCUUCGGCCUUUCCCCUUUUCAAGUCUCGAUCUUUCGCUUCCUCUCUUUCCCGGGGUUAUAAAAGUUCUUCGUCUCUUUCGUGAUCUAGUUUCGAUUCAGAUGGAGGAAGUCGAGAUUCCCUCGUUCUUCGUAUGCCCGAUUUCUCUCCAGCUCAUGAAGGACCCCGUCACGGUGCCCACCGGGAUAACGUACGACCGCGAGAGCAUCGAGAAGUGGCUGUUCUCCGCCAAGAACGGCACGUGCCCCGUGACCAAGCAAGCGAUUUCAGGCUGCGACUUGACGCCCAACCACACGCUCCGGCGCCUCAUCCAAUCGUGGUGCACCCUCAACGCUGCGCACGGCAUCGAAAGGAUUCCAACCCCGAAACCUCCUAUAAGCAAGUCCCAGGUUGCUAAGCUCCUCCGCGAGGCCAAGUCCCCGGACAUGCGAAACAAGUGUCUCAAAAGACUGCGGUCGAUUGCCGCCGAGAAUGCCACUAACCGAUGCUGCCUGGAAGCUGCUGGUGCCGCUGACUUCUUGGCGACACUAGUGAAAAAUGAAACCUCGGCGAGCUCUGCAUUACUGGAUAAAACAUCGUCCAACUGUUGCAGUUUCGAGGUCACAACUAGACCGCUUGAUGAGGCUCUGGCUGUACUUUAUCACCUACAACUCUCCGAAGCCAGCCUUAGGAAUCUCAUAGGCGACGGUGGAGUGUUUGUCGGCUCGUUGACUCGAAUCAUGCAGAGCGGAACGUGUGAGUCCAGGGCAUACGCAGUCAUGUUGCUAAAUUCAAUGUUUGAAGUUGCCGAUAUUAUACAACUCUCAAGUUUGAGGAUGGAAUUGUUCGUCGAAGUAGUUCGAGUUUUGCGUGAUCAAGUUUUGCGGAAGGCAACGAAAUCUGCAUUGAAACUGCUUAUCCGAGCCUGCCCAAUGGGUCGGAACCGAGUCAAAGCCGUGGAAGCCAGCGCUGUGCCGGUCUUGAUCGAUCUUCUUCUCGAUUCACGUGACAAAAGGCAGAGCGAAAUGAUUCUUAUACUUUUGGACAUGCUGUGCCAAUGCGCAGAGGGAAGAGCCGAGUUGUUGAAGCACGGAGCGGGGAUCGCCAUAGUGUCGAAGAAAAUACUAAGGGUUUCGGAGACAGCGAGCGAGAGAGGCGUCAGGAUUCUCUUGUCCAUCGCCAAGUUCUCGGCAACGCCGAGCAUCGUGCAAGAGAUGUUGCAAGUAGGCGUUGCUGCGAAGUUGUGUCUAGUCCUCCAAGCUGAGGGCACGAGCAAUACCAAGGAAAAGGCGAGAGAGAUUCUGAGAUUGCAUGCCCGGGCAUGGAAGAACUCUCCGUGCAUUCGUCCUGAGUUUCGUUCUUCUUAUCCAGCGUGAGAAGAAAAUCAGUUUUUCCUUUGUAAAAACUUCAUUUACAGAGUUCUUUAGAUAUGCCCCAAUCAAUUGCACAUAGUGUAUACUUUACCGACGAAGAAUAUGAUAUAUGAAAUCGACAUGGAUAUGCUCCUUGAUAAAUGGGGUGUCGGAUUUCAAAACAAGGAAGAGCUGUUUAUGUAAUAGCAUUUCCGAGCAUAUACUGAUGGAGAAGCGAUAGAUUUUAAAAUGUCCAAAA